AAAAUUACAUAAAUCAUAAAUGUAAAAUUACACGAAAUUUGAAAAUGUACACAAUUUCAUCAUUUAUCGUGUAAUUUUACACUUAUUAUUUAUAUAAUUUUACUUUUUUUACAGUAGAUAUCGUCCCACGAUUACUAGGAUUUUCAGGGUAAAUUCUAAGAGAAAAUUUUCUCUGUAAAUGCAAGAAUGCAAGACGCGAGGUUGACACUCGAGCGAGUUACGAAAACAUAUGAAUACCUCUCCUCUUGAACAACGAAAUUGACAAGACACAUAAUUAGCUCUAUUUUCGAGCAAAGACGUAGAAAAUUACAAGGAAUUAGAUACGCUUCUCGCGUGGAGCAAAUGAGAUGACGAGACGAUGGUGAUCGCUUCGAAUAUUAUGAAAAAGGAGAAAAAAGAGAAGAAAUCAACAAAAGUGCGAAAAUUAACCUAGAGAACGAGACUUCUGAUCCAAGCGAAAAGGAUGUCCGGUGAUCUGCUACCGGAAUCGGUGAACUUGUUCCUGGACGAUUUUGAGACCAGCCUAUGUCUACCAAUUCUCGUGGUUAUGGUGCUCUGCACCGCUCAGUUUGUAUUUAAUCACGUCUUCGAUAUUGGAUACAUGAUUUAUCAGAGUAUAAGGAAGCCGAUAGCGGAGGGGGAACAAGAUAGAGAAACCGCAAACAUGAUUGGAAAACUGAAAGGAAUGCUAACCGUUCUAGGUAUCGGCAAACCUGAUACGGCGAUUAAAAAUCCGCAAGCAUCUCGAUCGCGAGAGGAGGAGUGGGACUAUUGCGAGGAUGAUGUGGACUAAGAUAACGAAAUUGUUGUCCAUGUGUUGUUGUUGUUGUAAAUAAACGGCUUGAUAAACGAAUAACAUUCCCUCAUCCUCUUAUUUCCACGCAUCGUAUCAUCAAAUCGGUAUACAGAAAAUAUUUACACGAAAAAUACAUUAAGAAUGAUAU